UUCGGGAGACCGUCGUCGUCCUCGUCUUCCUCCUGCUUCCAUCGAUCGAGAGGUUAAAUACUUGUCUCUGUUCCGAUCUCGCCCUAUAGGGUAGUCGAAUCGAAAGGGAAGAGAAAGGGCAGGGCGAGAAUGGUCGGCGAAGGCCUCACCACUUCAGAAGAGGGAGAGGAAGAGUCUCCUAUUCCCCCUUCCUACCGCCAUCACCGGCGAAACUCCUCCUCCGCCGUCGCCGCCUCCUGCGACGGAUUCCCUAAGCAUUCUCACGUCCGCCACCCCUCCGGAGCCGACACUGAGCGCCUCGCUGCCUCGCAGCGCGAGCUCGCUGAGUCCGACUCCCGCCUCGUCUUCCUCGGCGACCCCGGCCUCUCCGACCCACGAUUCGAAAUGCCCCGCAACUCCAUCCGCACUGCCAAGUACUCCCUCAUCAUUUUCCUCCCCCGGAACAUCUUCGAACAGUUCCGCCGCCUUGCUUAUGUUUACUUUCUAGUCAUUGCCGUCCUCAACCAGCUCCCCCAGAUCGCAGUCUUCGGCCGCGGCGCCUCCAUCCUUCCCCUCGCAUUCGUCCUCCUCGUCACCGCCGUCAAGGACGCGUACGAGGACUGGCGCCGCCACCGAUCCGACCGCAUUGAGAACAACCGCGCCGCCUCCGUAUGCGACCCUCACUCCGGCCGAUUCUUCUCCAAGCGAUGGAAGGAGGUCCGCGUCGGCGAGGUCGUCAAGGUACUCGCCAAUGAGGGCAUCCCCUGUGACAUGGUCCUCCUCGCCACCAGCGAUCCCACCGGUGUCGCCUACGUCCAGACCAUCAACCUCGACGGCGAGUCCAACCUUAAGACCCGUUACGCCAAGCAAGAGACCAUGAUCCAUCCCCCCGGCGAAGACCACCCGGUCGACCCCGCCGGCUUCAUCCGCUGCGAGCAGCCCAACCGUAACAUCUACGGGUUUCUCGGCAAUAUGGAGGUCGACGGCAAGCGGGUAUCGCUCGGCCCAGCCAACAUUAUCCUCCGCGGGUGUGAGCUUAAGAACACGGCUUGGGUGAUUGGCGUCGCUGUAUACACCGGAAGCGAGACCAAGGUCAUGCUUAAUAGCUCCGGGGCGUCCUCGAAGCGUAGCAGACUGGAGACCCAAAUGAACAGGGAGACUCUGCUUCUCUCUGCCAUCUUAAUUGCACUUUGCCUGGUGAUGGCCAUUUGCAACGGGAUUUGGCUGGGCAACCAUUCUGAUGAUUUGGAGUUGGCUCAAUUCUUUAGGAAGAGGGAUUAUUCCGAUAGGGAUGACAAGGACGAGAAUUACAACUACUAUGGGCUUGGCAUGCAGGUCUUCUUUACUUUCCUGAUGUCAGUGAUUGUAUUCCAGAUCAUGAUUCCAAUUUCGCUCUACAUAUCCAUGGAAUUCGUCAGGCUUGGGCAGGCCUAUUUCAUGAUCCGCGAUGCCAAUUUGUACGAUGAGAGUUCCAAUUCUAGGUUUCAGUGUCGAGCUCUGAACAUAAAUGAGGACCUUGGGCAGAUCAAGCAUGUGUUCUCAGACAAGACAGGUACUUUGACAGAAAACAAGAUGGAGUUCCAAUGCGCCAGCAUUCGGGGGGUAGAUUACAGUGGUGGGACUUCUCUUCGUGAGAAUGGUGAAGAACAUUGUAUCGUAGCUGCUAGCAAUCAGAUUUUAAAGCCAAAGAUGUCAGUUAAGACAGAUCCUGAAUUAGUUAGGUUACUAAGAAAUAAAGGAGAGAGUGAGCAAGGAAAGCAAGCUAGAGAGUUCUUCCUUGCUUUGGCAUGCUGCAAUACUAUUGUCCCAUUGGUUGUGGAUACAUCAGACCCGAAACAGAAAUUAAUUGAUUAUCAAGGUGAAUCUCCUGAUGAACAGGCACUUGUUUAUGCAUCUGCUUCUUAUGGGUUUGUGCUUAUUGAGCGCACAUCUGGCCACAUAAUCAUUGAUGUCCUUGGGAACAAACAAAGAUAUGAUGUUUUGGGUCUUCACCAGUUUGAUAGUGAUAGGAAGAGGAUGUCAGUUAUAGUAUGCUGUCCUGAUAAGACAAUAAAGCUGUUUGUGAAAGGUGCAGACAAUUCUAUGUUUGGGGUUAUCCAGAAUAAGGUAGAUUUGUGCAUGAUUGAUGCAACUAAAGCAAAUCUUCAUGCAUAUUCAUCUUUGGGGUUGAGGACACUCGUUGUGGGCAUGCGUGAAUUAAGUAGGAAAGAAUUUGAAGAAUGGCAGUCUGUCUAUGAGAAUGCAAGCACAUCAUUAAUGGGUAGAGGAAAACUACUACGAGCUAUUGCUUCUAAUAUUGAAAAAGGUCUCCUAAUUUUGGGAGCUUCUGGGAUUGAGGAUAAACUGCAAGAAGGUGUACCAGAAGCCAUAGCAUCCAUGAGACAAGCAGGCAUCAAAGUCUGGGUUUUGACAGGGGAUAAGCAAGAAACUGCCAUUUCCAUUGGAUUUUCUUGUAAACUCCUAACGAGUCAAAUGACUCAGAUAGUGAUAAACAGUCAAUCCAGAGAAUCUUGUAGAAAAAGUCUACAAGAUGCAAUUGCUAUGUACAAAAAGUUUGCAGCAAUAUCACCCGAUCCUUUUGAAAAUAUAUUAACAGGCAUAGUAUCUACUAGAGUUCCAAUGGCUCUUAUCAUUGAUGGUACUAGCCUUGUGUUCAUUUUGGAGACAGAAUUAGAAGAAGAUCUGUUUAAGGUGGCCACAGUAUGUGAUGUGGUGCUAUGCUGCCGUGUGGCUCCAUUGCAAAAGGCUGGAAUAGUUGCUCUAAUAAAGAAUCGAUCAGAUGAUAUGACCCUCGCAAUAGGAGAUGGUGCAAAUGAUGUCUCUAUGAUCCAAAUGGCCGAUGUUGGUAUUGGGAUAAGUGGCCAAGAGGGAAGACAAGCUGUUAUGGCAUCCGAUUUUGCUAUGGGACAGUUCAGAUUCUUAGUGCCCCUUUUGUUGGUCCAUGGACAUUGGAAUUACCAGAGAAUGGCCUACAUGAUCUUGUACAACUUCUACAAAAAUGCUGUCUUCGUUUUCAUCCUAUUCUGGUAUGUUCUAUACACUGCUUAUACCUUAACAACUGCAAUAACAGAAUGGAGCAGCGCCUUAUAUUCCGCAGUCUACACUACUCUUCCCACGAUAGUCGUUGGAAUCCUCGACAAGGAUCUUAGCAGGAAGACAUUGAUGAAGUACCCCCAACUCUACAGGGCAGGUCAGAGGGAUGAAAGAUACAGCCUAAAGUUAUUUAUCCUCAUUAUGACGGAUGCAGUUUGGCAAAGUGUUGCCGUAUUCUAUAUCCCAUAUCUUGUAUAUAGACAAAGUACCAUUGACGGAUCCAGCAUCGGUGAUUUGUGGACCCUUGCCGUUGUUGUUCUUGUAAACAUUCACUUAGCUAUGGAUGUGCGUCGCUGGAACUGGAUCACCCACGCAGCUAUAUGGGGCUGCAUUGUCGCAACAGCUAUCUGUGUCAUCAUAAUUGAUUGCAUAUCGACGCUACCUGGUUACUGGGCCAUCUUCAAGAUAAUGGGGACUGGAUUGUUUUGGUUGUGUUUACUCGGCAUCACAGUAGCAGGGAUGCUUCCCCAUUUUUCGGCCAAGGUAUUGAAAGAGUACUUAAUGCCAAGUGACGUUCAAAUUGUUAGAGAGAUGGACAAGUUUUGGAGAAUAGCAGCAACUACAUCGGAAAUUCAAAAUGAAUAGAUGCUCAUUACCCCAGUUAUGAUUUGUUUUUCUUCUAGUUUUCUUUUGUUCAUUAGUUUAUUCUUUCAGCUAGCGGCGGGUCUUCUCGCCGGUGGUUUGCA